AUCAGCCUGUGGUUAAAGUCUGAAUUAUGGUUCUGCGUUAAAUCGACGCCGUAGGGUACGGCGUAUGCUUCGCGGCGGCGCGCACCGUACUACGCCGUAGGCCCUGCGUUGGUGUAACGCGGAACCAUAAAUCAUCCUUCAGUUGGACAGAGCUGCCAGUGCCAACGCCUUUCCCCCUCUCUCUGCGCUUCUUCCCCGGCUGGGAAACUUCGGCUGACACCGACCCGGGAGCUGCUGGACGGACUUACCCUUUCAACCGAUGAGUUGCUGAAACCUUUAUCCCCACACUAAGAAGUUGUUCGACAAAAUAAAGAAAAAAUGGGCUGCACGAUCAGCGCCGAGGACAAAGCUGCAGUGGAGAGGAGUAGGAUGAUUGACAAAAACCUGCGAGACGACAAGGAGAAAUCCUCCAGAGAGGUGAAGCUGCUUCUACUCGGUGCCGGGGAAUCUGGGAAAAGCACAAUUGUCAAGCAGAUGAAAAUCAUCCAUGAAGACGGCUACUCAGAAGACGAGUGCAAGCAGUACAAAGUGGUGGUGUACAGCAACACCAUUCAGUCCAUCAUGGCCAUCAUCAAGGCGAUGGGCCAGCUGAAGAUAGAGUUCGUGGAUGCUGGACGGGCGGAUGAUGCCCGACAGCUGUUCGCCCUGGCAAGCACAGCAGAGGAAGGGGUGAUAUCCGCUGAGCUGACCGCCGUGAUCCGAAGGUUGUGGAGCGACAGUGGAGUUCAAGCCUGCUUCGAUCGAUCACGGGAAUAUCAGCUCAAUGACUCUGCUGCAUACUACCUGAACGACUUGGACAGGAUUAGCAAGGCGAGCUACGUGCCGACCCAGCAGGACGUGUUACGUACACGUGUGAAGACCACGGGGAUCGUGGAAACUCACUUCACCUUCAAAGAUCUCUACUUCAAGAUGUUUGAUGUUGGAGGUCAGCGCUCGGAGAGAAAGAAGUGGAUCCAUUGUUUUGAAGGAGUCACAGCGAUCAUUUUCUGUGUAGCGCUCAGUGACUACGACCUUGUCCUGGCUGAGGAUGAGGAGAUGAACCGAAUGCACGAGAGCAUGAAGCUUUUUGACUCCAUCUGCAACAAUAAGUGGUUCACGCUCACCUCCAUCAUCCUCUUCCUCAACAAGAAGGACUUGUUUGAAGAGAAGAUCAGCAGGAGUCCACUCACAAUCUGCUACCCCGAGUACUCUGGUGGGAACUCGUAUGACGACACAGCGACUUACAUCCAGUGCAAGUUCGAAGACUUGAACAAGCGAAAGGACACCAAGGAGAUCUACACCCACUUUACUUGUGCCACAGACACCAAGAAUGUGCAGUUUGUGUUUGAUGCGGUCACUGACGUCAUCAUCAAGAUCAACCUGAGGGAGAUCGGGCUCUACUGAAGCCCUGGCAUCCUUCCAGGGUUUUUAGAAGAAUUGUGACUUCUGGGAUGUCUUUUCUACGAAGGGUGAAUUGCAACAUUGGACUAAGCACGUCUCUGUGAUGAAUGCAGAACCCAAACUGCAUUAAAUUUGGGUCCGACUAUUGAUCACUUUUUUUCUCCAUGGAUUUUAAGCCGGGGAGUGUUCUGGGAGAACGUAAUUUUUGGAUCACUGUGCAGCUUGUCAUAUUUAAGAUCUUUGCAUCCCCUAGGCAGGUGAAUCCACCGACGUCUCUGAUAUGUUCGUGGUUUGUCUGCCCUCUGCACAAGGACACAAACGGACUUGUUUAUGAGAUCCAUCCCAACGUUUCACAGUAGUCUCAUGGCUUUAAACGUCAUUUCUGUUCACCUGACUGUUGUUGCAUUUUGUCUUAGCUGUAUGUCUAUAUCAGAUCUGCAUUUGCUCUGUAUUUUCAUAUUUAGUUGAUGGCAUAUAGUAUUCCCAUCUUUGGAUACCUGAAUUCCAUAUCUUACAUACUGAACAAUGUUUAUGUGGGCAGUUUUAUGUAGUUUAAUGUAUCUGUUUGGGUCUAGAAUUAGUUAGCUAGAGUCUAAUGACCUCAGUGGCACCACCGAUGUAAGUCUUUGUUUUAAUUUAAACUAGACCACAUUGUAAUGAACCAUAUGUUUAUUUUUAAGACGUUGCAAAUCAGUCUGUGAAGGGAUGAAGGGAUUUCUUUAAUUUUUAUUGUGCUUGUUUUUUUUGUGUUUUUAAAUAUUUCCAAUAAUCUUCAAACAUUAGACACCUAUGGAGAAUCUGUUUUUUCUCGCAAUGUAAAUUUUAAAUACUGCAGAUUUCUUUUCACUUAUGUGAAGAAAUAUGAAGACAAAAGCAUAAAAAGUGUGAUCACAGUUCAUAAACCUAGUGUUUGUGCUGUUUGCACUGAGGAAUAUAUUCCUAAAAAGGAAAUAAUCUGUCACUUCUUCCACAGAGAAAUGUAUUUAAAUGUAUAAAACUGUAUGCACAUUUGAAACAACAACAAUGAUGAUGAUAAUGGAUGCCUUGUGUGGGAUUUACUGGUUGCUCUGGAUUAAUUUGCCAUAAAACGUGGUCAGAUCUCAAACACGACAUUAGGUGAACAGAAUGCACUUGUGCUGAUAAUAUGCAACAACUAUAAUUUCUCCCGUCUUUAUUGAAUGCACUCAUUUAACAGUCACAGUGCUGGAAGAAAAAGUAAGUGAACCCAAGGAAGUCAGUAGUUUACACACUUCCAGCUGAUUAAAUGGCUGUGGAGGUCUAGUGUCGAGCUGUGAUUUAUAAAAGACGUGCAAACAUUUUGGUUUCACUGUUCAAAAGAAGCAUCUGCUGAAGUAGACCAUGCCUUUCAAAGAGAAGAUCAGUGAAGACGUGCAAUCAAGAGUAGAGCCACAAAGGACACCCAAAAUGUCCAGGAAUCCAUCAGUCCGCCGUCCAAUCUGGCUACUCGUCUAAGAGCUGGGUACCCAGCCAAGUUGACUGAAAGCACAGCACCAAGUCCUCAAUGAGGUGUAAAAAAAACACAACAGCUAAAGACUUGAAGAUAUCAUUGGAACUGGCAAACAUCCGUCAAGUGAGUCAGAGUACUGACCUUUAACUUAACAGAGAUGCUGUGGCAUGACCUCAAAAGAGCUGCCAAUAGCAGAAGCAGCUCUGUAGAGACAUUGGACAUUGCGCAGGUCUGAUCAAAGUCAUUGCUGCCAAAAGAGGCUUGACUAGCUAUUACCUCCAAGGGUUUGCUCACUUUUUCCACCAGGGCCGUGGGUGUUUAAAGGGUGUGUUGUACAACGACACAAGUAAUUACGAUUAUUUGUGUGUUCUCAGCUGAAGUUCGUCUGUUAAUAAAACGUAGAAAAAGAUCAGGUCACAUUUUGUGGCAGAUUUAAUGGAGAAAACCAUCUAAUUACCAAAAGUGCACAUACUUCUUCUUGGGUUAUAUUAAAAUCAUUGAAUGAUGGCACGAAGCUCUUAAAACAUGAUUCUUCUAGCGGGAUGUGUUCAUCAGACAUGAGGACGUGUUUGGGUCUGGGAAGGAGGUCAUUCACAUUCAUAUUUUUAGAUUUCAGUGGCACAUCUGUAGGCCUGAGCAGAGGGCCAGUGUGUUCCAGCGGCUGCACAGACCCACAUCCUGUAAAUGGUACUAUUAUAAAGUAAGUUUGAACUGUUAUAAGUCUGUGAGUCAAUGAGAUUUUUUUUAAAUUUAAAUAAAAACAGUUUAGGAAUUUGUUUGAAAAGAGUGUAGACUAAAUCAUUUGGUUUUGUGGCAUUUGUCAUCAGUAUGGGAAAUACUGAAUUUUGCAGAUUAUCCUAACAUGUUAAUAGCUGUUUAAAAACAAGUGGGACUUUGGUUCU